AUGAUCGACGGUGCUGUGGCACGCUCUCCGACUCCUGAAGAUUGGUUUGAAAUCGAUGCAAGUGAAGUGGACGAAUUCGAGGAUGCCAAUGACUUCUUUGAGCUGAGUUCUGUGACUACGGUAGAGGGAGCAAUUAAAUUUCGAUCGAAGAGCGUAUAUCAACCGCUCUCUACUAUUUCUAUUAGACGUUCGAACGAUUCGCAAUCAACCGAAUUCAAAGGACAUGAGAAGGUACAGAACAGUAACUCCGAUAUCAAUACUGAACUGAAGGCCACACUGGAAUAUGGCAAGGAACUACAACGACAGAUCGACACUAUUGAAAAAGCGCCUCGGCCACCAUUUGAGAGCAUCGUACAUCUACGAGAGCGACUUGAGCGAGAGAACGAAUUGUAUAGACGACAAUUCGCAUGGCAAAUGGAGAAUAUGGUACGUUUCACGACCAAUGCCAGGUAA